GUGAGCAACAUUUCCACUUUGUGUGAAGUAAAAUCUUUCACUAAUGGCUCUGUCAUCGCUAGAUUUGAGUUACGUUUUUCUCAAGGCACCAUCUACACAGUUGAUACUCUUGAAGCUGAAGUAAAUUCUUCAACAUCCCAAGUGUUUCAUGUACUUGACAUAAACGUAGUAGAUUUAAAUGAGCCAGAAAUUGUGUGUCCAGAUGACUAUAGCGAGUUAAUGGACGACAGUUGUUUUGAUGAUCCUAUGUUUGAAGUCAAUGCAACUGAUCAUAUUGGCAAUUUGCUCAGUGCUACCUGUACUCCAAUGACUUUCAAUAGCACUGGAAACUAUACCAUAACUUGUUCGGUUACUGACAUGGCAGACAACUUUGCAUCAUGUGUAUUCUUUUACACUCUGUCGGAUGAAAUUGCACCAAAUAUCACUUGUCCAAGUGACGUUGAGGUUUGUGCCGACCAAGGAAGUGAUUCAACAAAUGCCACCUGGGUAUCAGCCAAUGCAACUGACAACUGCUGUAGUGAUGUCAACAUAACUGCUAACUACACCAGUGGAGAACCUCUGUCACUUGGUUUAUACACAGUAGGAUAUGCAGCAACCGAUUGUAAUGAGGUCACUGGCUACUGUCAAUUUACUGUGGAAAUUAAAGAUUGUGAGCCUCCCGUGCUUGAAUGUCCAUCAAACCAAAAUGUAAUUGGUGAUUCUGACUGUAUGGCAACUGCAAUGUGGGCUGAACCCAAUGUCACAGACAACUCAGGAGAGAGUUUUUCAGCUGUAUGUGAUUACAUGAGUGGAGACACUUUCUUUGAACUCAACACUACUGUCACUUGUAAUGCUACCGAUGACUAUGACAAUACUGGGUACUGUACAUUCAACAUUUUCAUUAUUG